CGUUUUAUUGCUAAUAUUCGAUAAUUUAAUGGAAACAGUAUCAUACAGUGAAUUGUGAGGAUAUUUUAUCUUGUGAUAUUUAAAAAGAAAAAAAAUAACAAAAUAUAAAAACUAUUUUUUUAAAGUGUCAGUGACGUAAAUGCACAUUUGUGCCCGGAUUUUUUCUUGGGUAUGGGAUUUUUUAUUCGGUAGCUCAAUUUAUUCAAUGCAACACACUGUUGGAAUUGAGGUGAGGGUGACCAAUGAAGUCUCGAUUGAAGGUGCGAGAAUGGAUAGUGCACCCCCAUGGACAGUCACUUUGGCUCCAAGUAGGAUUAGUCCAACUAAUCCUCACCAAUAUCUGUCACCAAAUGUAUUUCAAGGACGUAAUUCUCUUUGCUCAGCAAACGAUUAUACUUUACGAAGAAGGCGUCCCAUGACUUUGCGCAUUGGACCAAGAUUAAGUCUUCCCAAUAAAAGUACGUCAGCUCCUACAACCACCACAGAUGCUGAGUGGCCUCCUCUUCCAAGGUAACAAAGGGUGAAGAGAAAAAUUUUUUUUUGCUGGAAGAGGAGGCUUGUAAAUUACGAAUAUUCUAUACGAAAGAGAAGACUGAUGCAUAGACAAGAAUUCUUUAUUAUUCGAAUUUUUUUUUGAAAAUUCCAAAUACUUGAAUUAGCCAAAAAAAAAAGAAGAAAAAACAUAAGAAUCUCAGAACUUGUUUUUCAAUUUUUUUCUCUUUGCACAAUAUAAAUCAUGACUUUGAUUAUAACUAAAUGAGUUAUAGAAAAAACUUUCUCUGAAAAUCAUCUCAUCUCCGAAGACUGAUUACUUAAAGUUAAUUCCAUGAGGAUUUUUCAACUCUUAGGAAACAUAGAAUAGUUAUUUUUUUACCCCAUGACAAAUUUUUUCGACAAAAAAAGAAAAAGAGUAGUAAAUCUCUAAAAUUAAAAAAAUUGGAAAUAUUUUGAAUAUUUAAGCAAGAGGGAAAAUUAUUUAAAGGGGAAAAAUGCAAGUGGAGCAGAAAUUCAGAGGAUUAUAAUGAGAAUAAUGAUUGAAUGUAUGAGAAGAGAAAGGGACAAAAGUGUAAGAAAUUGGACGAAUUGAAACUAGGACAACAACAAUAACAAGAAUAUAAUAAAAAACAAAAGUUGGAAAAAAAGGAGAAUAAUAAUAACAAUGACAAGAAAAUAGAAAAAUAACGAAAGUAAUAACAAUAAUAACAAUAACAAGAAUAUAAAAAAAUAACGGAAGUAAUAACAAUAAGGAAAAUUGUAGACUAAGGACAAGAAUGAUGAAGUCCGAGGAGAAGAAGCGCGAAAUGUUUUCGCGAAGAGCGUGUAGUGAAAGUGGACCACAUCCUGCGAUUUCAGUGACUGGUGGACAUCUUUGGGGUAAACGGAAUCAAGGCAGAACGUCAGCGCCAGUUGUUGGAAACGCAAAACCUCCUGUAAUUUAUCUGAGGACACGGAGAAGUUGGCCUGUUGCACCCACACAUUGCAGAAGGUGAGU